AGUAAACCCUCUCCCAAGAAUCUCCUAUUUAAUCAUUUCCCCUUCCCAAAAACUCUCCUCAACAAUCACCUACAAGUAACACAUCCCGUUUUAGAGAAGAAAAGGCCUUUAAAAUAUGAGAGCAUGCCCCAUAAAUUGCACUCUGAGCUUUUAUGUAGGUUGAACAUCUGUUGAUCAAGACAUGUCCUAACCUCGACCAUAAUACCAAGCUCAAGACUUUCUCUAACUUUCCGAGUAUGUUGCUGCCAAAAUAUGAUCCCGACAACAAUGAAACCGGGAUCAAGAUUCUGGAGGAGCUGACGACAAACGUUUGCCAGAUACAACAACAGGUCUUGGAGGAGAUAAUAACAAGAAAUGUAAAUACAGAAUACCUUCGGGGAUUCCUUGAUGGUGUUUACGAUAAGCAACUCUUCAAGGAGAAAGUUCCUAUUGUGAAUUAUGAAGAAAUCAAGCCUUAUAUUGAAAGAAUUGCAAAUGGAGAGUCAUCAAACAUCAUCUCAGCCGAGCCCAUUACUGAACUCCUCACAAGCUCUGGCACUUCAGGAGGUCAGCCAAAGAUGAUGCCCUCAACAGCUGAAGACUUGGACAGAAAGACAUUCUUUUAUAACCUUCUCGUACCUGUUAUGAACAAGUAUGUGGAUGGGCUUGGUCAAGGAAAAGCAAUGUACCUUCUGUUUGUUAAACCAGAGAUCAAAACUCCCUCUGGUCUGAUGGCAAGACCGGUGCUCACAAGCUACUACAAAAGCAGCAACUUCAAGAACCGGCCAUUGAACCGAUUCAAUGUCUACACUAGUCCGGACGAGACAAUCCUGUGUUCUGACAGCAAGCAAAGCAUGUAUUGUCAGCUCCUCUGCGGUCUACUCCAACGGCAUGAAGUUCUCCGAGUCGGCACCGUCUUCGCGUCCGCUUUCUUACGCGCCAUCAAGUUUCUAGAAGAUCACUGGAAGGAGCUCUGCGCAAACAUAAGAACUGGCUGCCUCAGCAACUGGAUCACGGAUGUUGGGUGCCAGAAUGCAGUGUCAACAGUUCUUUGUGGAGCCAAUUUGGAACUGGCCAAUACAAUUGAGAAUGAAUGCAGAAUUAGAUCGUGGGAAGGGAUAAUCAAGAGAAUUUGGCCAAGGACGAAGUACAUUGAAGUUAUUGUGACCGGUUCCAUGGCGCAGUACAUCCCUACACUGGAAUUCUACAGCGGCGGAUUGCCACUGAUUUCAACAAUGUAUGCCUCCUCGGAAUGUUACUUUGGGAUCAAUUUCAAGCCUCUGAGCAACCCAUGCCAUGUCUCUUACACCCUUAUUCCUAAUAUGGGCUAUUUUGAGUUCCUCCCGGUGAAGAAAAAUGGGGAAAAGGUGGCUCAAGAUGUUAGGAGUAAUGGUGUUCGGGACGAAAAUUGUGUUGGAAGCGAGACUGAAUUGGAACUAACGAAUGUUGUGGAUCUCGUGGAUGUGAAGCUCGGGGAAUAUUAUGAACUUAUUGUUACAACUUUUACAGGGCUAUAUCGAUAUAGAGUUGGAGAUAUUCUAAUGGUAACGGGUUUCCACAACAAUGCUCCCCAAUUUCGGUUUGUGCUCAGAAGAAAUGUGGUUUUGAGCAUUGACACGGACAAAACCAACGAAGAGGACCUCCUAAAGGCAGUGAUUCAGGCAAAGCUCAUCUUGGAGACGCUCGGAUUGCUCCUAACGGAGUACACAAGCUACGCUGAAACCUCCUCCAUUCCGGGCCACUACGUACUAUUCUGGGAGCUUACAAGCAAAGGAAACAACAAUGAGCCACUCCCAGAGCUCGACCGCGAGAUGAUGGAGCAGUGCUGCUCCACCGUGGAAGAAUCACUUGAUUCUGUGUACAGAAGAUGUAGGAAGAAGGACAAUUCAAUUGGACCAUUAGAGAUAAGAGUGGUAAAACAUGGAGCAUUUGACGCACUAAUGGAUUUCUGUGUGUCGCAGGGCUCUUCUAUUAACCAAUACAAGACGCCGAGGUGCAUCAAAUCUAAGGAAGCUAUUGAGAUUUUAGAAUCCAGAGUUGUAGGGAGGUUUUUCAGUCAGAAAACUCCCUCUUGGCAACCCAUUAAUUUUGCAUGAAUAAAUAUUGACUUUAAUUAGAAGGUUAAUGGAUCAUCUGCGCCAGGAAUUAUUUUGCCAAGAAUUUCAAUUGUAAAAGUCUCUUUCCUAUUAUUGUAUGUCGGUUCUGUAUCAAAAAUUUGACACUACUACUGCUACUUUCUCCCCUUGUGGAACUAUAAAAUUUUAUCUUCAAUAUCUUUGCAAAAAAUAGGAUUGUACAAUUUAAAAUACAUUGGACAGCACAAC